CAGGCAGAGGAAGUAGUGACUUUCCCGUUCAUUCACACGCUCGCUGGGUUAGUGGAGCUGUGGAAUCAUCGUACUCACUCCUCAAAUACAAAACUGUUCCUAUAUACAUUGAAAGUGGAAUUUACAUACAAAAGAAAAUUGUUGGAAGGAAAUUGAUUCCUUAUCCCUGGAAAGGGCACAAUGGCCAAAAUGGAGGUGAAGACGUCCUUAUUGGACAACAUGAUAGGCGUAGGGGACAUGGUACUCUUGGAGCCGCUGAAUGAGGAAAGCUUUAUCAAUAAUCUCAAAAUACGUUUUGAUCACAAUGAAAUUUAUACAUACAUAGGAAGUGUGGUUAUAUCAGUGAACCCCUACAGACCACUGCCAAUUUAUACACCAGACAAAGUGGAAGAAUAUAGAAACAGAAAUUUUUAUGAACUUAGUCCUCAUAUCUAUGCUUUAUCUGAUGAAGCGUAUCGAUCCCUGAGAGACCAGGACAUGGACCAGUGCAUUCUGAUCACGGGGGAAAGUGGAGCUGGGAAAACAGAGGCCAGCAAACUAGUAAUGUCCUAUGUGGCAGCUGUGUGUGGGAAAGGAGCUGAGGUUAAUCAAGUGAAAGAACAACUUUUGCAGUCAAACCCAGUCCUUGAAGCAUUUGGCAAUGCGAAAACUGUAAGGAAUGACAACUCUUCACGAUUUGGCAAAUAUAUGGAUAUUGAAUUUGAUUUUAAAGGCGACCCUCUUGGUGGCGUUAUAAGCAACUAUCUCUUGGAGAAGUCUAGAGUUGUUAAGCAACCAAGAGGUGAAAGAAAUUUCCACGUCUUUUAUCAAAUGCUCUCUGGGGCCUCAGAUGAUCUUCUCGAUAAACUAAAACUUGAUCGGGAUUUCAGCAAAUAUAAUUACUUGGGCUUAGAUUCUGCCAGAGUGAAUGGUGUGGAUGAUGCCUCAAAUUUCAAAACAGUCCGGAAUGCUAUGCAAAUAGUUGGUUUCCUGGAACAUGAAACACAAUCUGUUUUAGAGGUUGUAGCUGCGGUACUGAAACUUGGAAACAUUGAAUUUAAACCUGAAUCUCGAGUCAAUGGCUUGGAUGAAAGUAAAAUUAAGGAUAAAAAUGAGUUGAAAGAAAUUUGCGAGCUGACCGGUAUUGACCAGUCUGUGCUAGAGAGAGCUUUCAGUUUUAGGACUGUGGAAGCCAAGCAGGAAAAAGUCUCCACUACCCUCAACGUGGCUCAGGCAUACUAUGCUCGUGAUGCACUGGCUAAGAAUUUGUACAGCAGACUGUUCUCCUGGCUCGUUAAUCGGAUCAAUGAGAGCAUUAAGGCACAAAGCAAAGUAAGGAAGAAGGUCAUGGGAGUUUUGGACAUCUAUGGCUUUGAAAUUUUUGAGGAAAACAGUUUUGAGCAGUUCAUCAUCAACUAUUGUAAUGAGAAGCUGCAGCAGAUCUUCAUUGAACUUACCCUGAAAGAGGAACAGGAAGAAUACAUACGGGAGGGUAUUGAGUGGACACACAUUGAAUACUUCAAUAAUGCCAUAAUCUGUGAUCUUAUAGAAAAUAAUCAGAAUGGGAUCUUGGCUAUGCUUGAUGAAGAAUGCCUACGGCCAGGCACGGUUACCGAUGAGACUUUCCUGGAAAAACUGAACCAAAUCUGUGCCACCCAUCAGCACUUUGAAAGCAGAAUGAGCAAGUGCUCGCGUUUUUUGAAUGACACCACCCUGCCACACAGCUGCUUCAGAAUUCAGCAUUAUGCUGGCAAGGUCAUGUACCAGGUAGAAGGAUUUGUUGAUAAGAACAACGACCUACUCUAUCGUGACCUCUCCCAGGCCAUGUGGAAAGCAAACAAUCCACUCAUCAAAGCCAUGUUCCCUGAAGGCAAUCCAGCUAAAAUUAACCUCAAGAGACCACCCACUGCUGGCUCACAGUUCAAAGCUUCAGUUUCGACCUUAAUGAAGAACCUGCUAACCAAGAACCCAAAUUACAUUAGAUGCGUUAAACCAAAUGACAAGAAAGCUGCUCAUAUAUUCACUGAUGCCCUUGUAAGUCACCAAAUCCGAUAUCUGGGUCUCUUGGAGAAUGUUCGGGUCAGGAGGGCCGGCUACGCCUUCAGGCAGCCAUAUGAGCCUUGUCUGGAGCGGUACAAGAUGUUGUGUAAGCAGACAUGGCCUCACUGGAAAGGACCUGCCAGAGAUGGUGUAGAAGUGCUGCUUAAUGAUUUAGAAAUCCCUAAAGAAGAGUUCUCAUUUGGAAGAUCAAAAAUAUUUAUCCGCAACCCACGAACGCUGUUUAAGCUGGAAGAUCUGAGAAAGGAACGUCUGGAGGACUUGGCUACCCUCAUUCAGAAAAUUUACAGGGGGUGGAAGUGUCGCACUCGUUUUCUUCUGAUGAAGGAGAGUCAGGUUGUGAUUGCGGCCUGGGUCAGGCGUUAUCUUCAACAGAAUAAGUACCGGCGGAUUAAAAGCUCCACUAUUGUGGUACAAUCCUACACCAGAGGAUGGAAGGCACGAAAAAUCCUCCGGGAACUUAAAUAUCAGAAGCGUUGUAAUGAAGCAGUUACUACAAUUGCAGCGUAUUGGCACGGAACACAGGCGCGAAAGGAACUGAGACGUCUGAAGGAGGAGGCUAGAAAUAAACAUGCUAUUGCUGUUAUAUGGGCUUACUGGCUUGGACUUAAGGCUCGAAGGGAAUUGAAACGCUUGAAGGAGGAGGCUAGGCGUAAGCAUGCAGUUGCAGUCAUAUGGGCUUACUGGCUUGGACUAAAGGUUCGUAGAGAGUACAGGAAGUUUUUCCGUGCAAAUGCUGGAAAGAAGAUAUACGAGUUCAUCAUUCAGAGAAUAAUACAAAAAUACUUUUUGGGAUUGAAGAAUACAGCACCUUCUUUGUCUCCAAUAGACAAUAAUUGGCCUGCAAGGCCAUACCUCUUUCUGGACUUAACGCACAAGGAAAUGAAGAGGAUUUUCCAUCUGUGGAGGUGUAAAAAGUACAGGGACCAAUUCACAGAGCAGAAGAAAUUUAUUUAUGAUGAAAAAUUGGAAGCCAGCGAGCUCUUCAAGGACAAGAAGUCAUUGUACCCUGCCAGUGUUGGACAGCCAUUCCAAGGAGAUUAUUUGGAAAUCAGCAAAAACCCCAAAUAUAAGAAACUAAGUGAUGCUGUAGAAGAAAAGAUUAUAAUUGCAGACAGUGUGAAUAAGAUAAACCGAGCUAACGGGAAGGGGGCAUCCAGAAUUUUCUUGUUGACAAAGAGUAAUCUUAUCAUUGCUGAUCAGAAGUCUGGGCAGAUCAAGCUGGAAGUACCUUUAGGUGAUGUCACCAAGCUGAGCAUGAGUUCUCAAAAGGAUGGUUUCUUUGCUGUCCAUCUGAAAGAAGGAUCUGCAGCAGCUUGCAAGGGUGAUUUCCUCUUCAGUAGUGAUCAUCUAAUCGAAAUGGCUACCAAAGUUUACCGAACAGCACUUCUGCAUACAAAACAGAAAAUCUACAUGGAGAUUGCAGAUGAGUUCCUUGUACAAUUUAAACAAGACAAAGUCUGCGUAAAGUUCAUUCAAGGAACCCAGAAAAAUGGCAACAUUCCAACAUGCAAACGGAAAAAUAAUCGCCUCCUGGAAGUGGCCGUUCCUUAACUUCUGUGAUGUCUUUUAAUCUGUGGACUUGUUCAAUUGUAAUAGUGCAAUUUUUUAGAGAGGGGGUUUUCUGCAUUUUUGUUAAAAAGAAAAAAAAAAGUUUUAGACAUGUCUGCAGCCUAAGGCCAUGGGUGUCUUCAGACAAAUAUUCUAUCAAUCUUAAACCAUUUUAAAUUUUUACAUAUUUUUAAUUUUUUAUGGAAUUGUUUUUACCCUGAACAGAGAAUCCAAGUCAUUUUAAUAUCUAAUGAUGAAGGUCGCACACUUGGUUGAAAUCUGUGGAGUUACCCAUAAAAAUAUGAACCAGAAGCUGUACGUUACUGAAGUUUAUAUAUAAAAAAAAAGUUGGUUAUCAAUAACUUGUAUGUUAAUGUUCUCAUGUUUUGUUUGCAUUAUGAAAGGUAUCAGUUGUUAUUUCAAAAAUCUUCCAAAAUUGUUGUUUAUUUGUAUUCCCUUGUCAACUAGGUAUGAACUUUUCUACUGUAAAAAGUUUCUGACAUAAACGAUGUGCUAAUAUAUACAUAGUGGCCAUAAAAUAAUUUUUUUCUGUACUGCUGCCAAUGGAUAGACAUUGCAUGAGUAAUAUUGUUAAUACAUUACAUGGAAUAAAAAAUCUGCCAUUGCUUGUUAUGUGUAAAAACACAGAUAAUUAA